AGUUCAAAGUGCUUAAAAGACUUUCUGUGUGAGGAAGAAGAAGAAUAAUUGUGUGCACAACAAUUGUUGUUGGUCAUUAAAAGAUUUCUUAUUUUACGACGGCAUGAAAGACCAACAAAACAAAUAAAACAAUUGCAACAACAACAGUAAUAAAAAAGUAAAUAACCGCAGUUUUGGAUCGCAUGGCAGUUGGAAGACGGAAAGCCUUUCAGAAGAGUUUAUUGGUUUGCUUAGAAGUGCUAAGCUUUAGUUCGUGUAUAAGUGUGUGAGUGUGUGUAUUUAUGUUAAUAUGCAACACAAUGCACUUAAGGAAUUGCAACUGAGCGUGCAACGGAAAAACAAUUUACAAAACAAAAAGACAAUUGCCAAGAAUAUACACACAGAUAAAUAAUGCGGAAUUCGCUUUAUAUGGCAUGCCAACAGUUCAUGUAGACAUAUGUACUCGUAUGUAUCAAACUGGGUGUCAAACAAAGUGAAAUUAUUUCCUCUUCAAAGCAUAAAUCGUAAUUAAAAAACAGCAGCCCAAGAGCAGCAGCUGAAGAGUCGAGCCGAAGCAGAGCGAGGCAAGCCACCCACAUAAAUAAACGGCACCUGCCAAGUAAGGUAAAGCAAUACAGCAAUUAUACGCAGAACAAUUACAUCUACGGCAACAAUAAGAACGGCAACGUCAUUGCCAAUUCAGCGGUUAUUUAUUGACUUCAAUAAAUCAGCACACGCGCUGCUCAGCGAGCCAAAAGAAAAGUGAUUGCCACAAGAGGGGGAAAAAUAUAAAAUAAAUUUCACAACACACAAGCCAUCAGCCACCGGCAAACUACUUUACAGCUAUUCACGCAUCGAACGCGCCUGCGUACACGCCAUUCACGAGCGCCAACGCCAACACUUCGGCUUGUCGAUCAUAAAUUCACCCGGUGACACAGAUUCCGUGUAUUUGUUUUGAUCAGCUGCUUCGAGCGACGAGUGACGAGCGCAGGGAGGCAAGCGCUGAGCGGAGAAGCGAACCGCACCUUCACGAGCUAGCCAGCUUCAGCCGGCCGGCAAUUGUUGCUGCUAAUUUUUGUUUUCAAUUUAUUUCUCACUUCGCCCGUUUCAAUCCGAAAAUGUUGGCGCGUUUUAUUGGCGCUGCGUUGCUGACGCUGUUCUGUCUCUGGCCCGCGCAGUUGGACGCUUUUGUUGCCCAGUCAAUGGGCUGUCACCACAAUGGCACUUGGUAUGCCGACAGAUCACUCGUGCCCACCAUGGAGAAGUGUCUCACAUGCCAAUGCCAGAAGAAGACACUUGUCUGCCGUCUGAAGGUUUGCCCCGAAAUGCCGAUGCCACCGCCCCGAGGCUGCAUUGUGGUGCAGCAGCGAAACUCGUGCUGUCCGUAUCUGUCGUGCGCGCGUCUCGAUGCCUACUACAAGAUACCGGCAACGCGUCGCAUUAUCGCUUACUUGGAUCACUAUGAACGGGAGUCAAUUGAUCGCGUCGUAAAUGAUAACAUGCUGCAGCGGCGCUCCGAUGACUCGGAGGUGGAUAUGUAUGUUUGCGUUAAGAACGGCACGGUGUACAAAUCCGGUUCGGCAAUGUCAUCAUCAAAUCUCUGCACUUACUGUUACUGCAUUGGUGGCACCGAGAAAUGCGUUAAACCGAAAUGCAUGUUGCCCGUGGAAGGCUGCAAGCCCAUCUUUGUCGACUCCACCUGCUGUCCCGUGCGAUACGAUUGUACCAGCAAGCCGUCAGGCAAGUCGUCACAAGAGGUGCGCUACCGCAAGACCUCCAACAAGCAUUACUUACGUAUGUCACAGCGUCUGCAGCGCAAUCGCGGCUGCACUGUGGACAAGCAAUUCUAUGUGGAGGGGCAGAAAAUGCGCUCUGAUGCCGAUAAACCAUGUGACAUUUGCUUCUGUAUUCGUGGCGUGCGGCGUUGUGCGCCUAAGAAAUGUUCGCCUGCGCUGAAAAAUUGCAUACCGGUGGUCCCGAAGGGCCAAUGCUGUCCAUCCAGCUACGAUUGCGGUAGUCAACGGGCGCAGAGCUCGCGUCAAUUCAAUUUAUUCUCAUUGCUGUUCGGCAAGGAGGAUGAGGUUAAUGGCACCAAUGACACCAAUAAAAUACCAGCGGAGUACCCGCCAGACAGGCAUCCGUCGGUGACAGUGACGCACAACCAGAACAUAUUGGAGAAGAACAAUGAGAAGAGCAUUUUGGACACCAUACGGGAAGGCUUGGAGAUUAUCGAUGGAAAUAAUGAAGAAGUCAUUGCACAAAACAUUGACAAAUUGGCGGCACCUUUAACGAGGGUCGUCACGGAAGCACAGAUAAGCUCACAGGCCACGGAGGCAGAUAAUGUUGGCACUGAAGUGAGUUUCUUAGAUUUGCUUUUGGGUUCAGAUGAAGAAGAAGAUCCUACGAAGGUAACGUCAGAGGUGGCGCCUGAGUUGAAGACUACAACGGGUUAUGAGGGACUGUCUUGGGUGGAUAUAUUACUCGGGCCCGAGGAGCAUAACCAGAAGACUGACAGCACACCUAAGGGUGAGAGAAUAGGAACUGCAGAGACAACGUUAAGGUAUCAAUAUGAGCCUAGCCUAGCGAGUAUUGACCGCAUCGAUCAAGAUUUUGCGGACUUUUCCGGAAAUGGAGAGAUUAUAGUGGGUGAUCCGCAAUCCAGUGAGUCUCUCGAACGUCCAAUUGGGAAGUAUACCGAACAAGAAAAUAACGGUAUUGGCAACGAGUCAUUUAAGGUACUUCACAACGUAAAGCAGAUCAACAACGUGGUACUUGGUCACUUAAAAGAAGAGGAGGAAGCUGUAGAUGCAGUGGAAAGUGCUACAACUGCUGCAAUAACCAAAACAACAACAACAACAACAUCUACAACUACAAAAACGCCAGAGCCUGUUGAGCCUAAUAAACCGACGAUCACGACGAAAACCACCCAGAGACCAAAUUCGAAAGCCCCGAUCAGCACAAGUUCGAAACCACUGCCGACUCCUGCUUCUACACAAAAACCCACUCAUAAACCAAUAGAAUUGAAGUUCAAACCAAAAUCUACACAGAAACCCAGCGAGACAGUGAUGAAAACGACCACCACCCGCCCCCAGAACGAAACACAGACCACAAUGCAGACUAUUCAAGAAAAGAAGAAGAAUGGCUUGCUGACGGUUCUUCUCGAUGGACUCUCCGACAUGCUCAGCCCUGAAAAUCUCUAUAACAAUAACCAAACUCAAAUCUCCUCGAAAAUGAAUUCUACCACGACCACAACUACAACGCAAAGUCUCAAGGAUCCACUUAUAUUGCCCACACCGAAACCAAAACCUCUGCCCUCAUUCAAGCCUCUCCCCACGGGCAAACCACUGCACAUGCGCAUUAAUUCAAAGAUUGCAAACCUCACGACCACGCCUGAGCUGAUAAAACCGAGUGCUGCACCAAAUGUAGCUGUUUUCAAACCACUGCCAGUAGAGAUGGUUAAAUUACCGAUUGCGGUGACCACCACAAUAACGGAUCCAGGCUCGACCACCAAAGUACCGCAGCCCAGCUCUACUUCUUCUACGACGACGGCUCCUAGAACCACCACCACGCCACAACCCAAGCCAACAACCAGCAGCACCACAACAUCGUCGACGACAACGACAACAACACAGAGCACUAGCACCUCUGCCGCUCCCAGGCACCCCAGCACGACCCUAAAACCGGUGGUGAUCAACACCAACCCCACUAUCUUAGAAUCGGAACCUAUUGACGCGAACGCCGAACCAACUUUGCCUCCAAGUCUACCCAACCUAAAGAUCAUACCCUUCUUACCCACCGAUGCCGUUAAGGCAGAUCGUAACAAGCCUCUCUACGACUUUUAUCACAGCAAUGCGCCGACAGCGAAAAUCGAUUACGACCAAUAUGAUGAGGGUAAUAUAUAUCCAGCCAUCACCGAGCCUCAUUUUCCUAUUUAUCCAGACCUAGAGGAUGGUAGCAAAGCCGAGUAUAUCUACAAGUUUAAUGUAGAGGGACCAUCGCCACCGGUCACAUCGUCGACAGCAGGUAAGUUGGAAGGUGUGAAUGGCGUGGCUGAAGCUUUUGUGAAAUACGAUUUUGCCGACUCGGAGGUGGAGCAUAAAGGCUUCUCACCACCAACAAAAACAGAGGGAGGUUUCGUGCCCAAAGAUCCACUCGUGCUGGGUGAUGAUGGCCGGCAAGUGGACCCACUGUCAUCCUAUCCCGAUACCGUUUAUCAAGUAACGAAGCACAUAAUCGAUAUAACGACUGGCGGUCCACUAAAGGAGAACACAACGAAAGUUAUUGAAAUCACAACUCCGGAUCCGUUUAAGGAUGUCAUCCGAACUGAGCCACCACCAGACUUGACGUUUCUAAUUGGGGAUAAGGAGAUCACUUUAAUGCAAAAGCAUGCGCAGCUCCAACCACCGCAAGCCUUUGAAGAUCCAGAGCAACUCAGUCAAUCAGUGAUACACAUAACCACAGCAGCGCCACAAUCCUUUAGCCCGAUCGAUGACCAACACCCACCUCAAGCUCCAAUCAUCGAUGCACACUCAGAGCAAAACACAUCCGCUCUACCCUCUGACGGAAAGAAGGACACAAUAGCUACGUUCUUGGAUUUACUUUUGGGUGGUGGUGAGCCUGAUUCGCUUCGAACCCUACCAACUGCAAACUUUACGGUGGAUAGUAGUACUGUCCCACCAUUUAAAACAUUACCGAAAACACCCGUCAAACUAUUACCAAACAGCACGGCUACAACUACAACAAUGGUGAAGCCCAAAAGAGUAACCACAAAAGCAUCGAGAGCAACAGCCAAACCCACAGCGAGCAAAAACUACACUACUUCUGUGUCCGCCAUGCCCACACGAGUGAUUACAACCGCGACUGCUGCCAGCAACGCCACCAAGAGCAAGCCGAAACCCAAAACGCCUACGUCCCAUAAAGCAGCUGAUGUGUCCCCAACCGUUGGAACGAAAGCUUUAGCGUCAACACGUCCGAAGAGUACGCGACCAAAAUCGAGUUCGGCACGCCGUCAGACAACGAGAACACCCACAGCUGCAGCGGGUAACCAAAGGCGUGACAAUAGCACAACGAAUGUGAGCAGCACCACCAGCACGCCGGCCACACCAACAUCAACAACCACACAACGUUCUGCGCCCACUACAAAACCUCUGCUGCGCUCACCAUUCGACACGCUGCCCUUCAUGGACACCAGCUUUGAGGUGAAGCGCACAACGCAGCACCCAUUUGUUGUUGGCCAACAAACAAGCGAAGACUUCUUGGAUCUGCUACAAUACAAAAACUCAUUAAAUGAGUUUGAGGGAUUGGAGCCGGCACGGAGAAGUAAUGUACACAGUUUACCACACGCAGACAGAAAUAAAGCCGAUACGUCGACGACUACGACGACGACAACGACAACCAGCGCACCACCUCUGGUUCAAAGAAAUAUAGAAAAACUCAUUUCCACAGCGUCGUCGCCAGCACCAGUUCUUGAUGCGCACGCAGCGACUUCGCCGCUGGAAGUUCAACGCAACACUGCUUCGAACAGUCUAAUUGACCCGACGGGUGUGCUGAAGUUGGCCGGCUGCAAUAUAUACGGACGCAUGUAUCGGGUGGGACGCAUCAUACUGGAGCUCUCGAGCCCGUGUUUGGAGUGCAAAUGUACAGAGGUGGGCGUGAAGUGUGGCCAAUUGGCAUGUUAAUGUGGCCCAGCACAGGAUGGCUCUUGUAGCUGGCUUUUUUAAGAUUGAUUAGUUGUAGUUUGUGCAGUGAGUAUAUUCUUUGCGGUAGUAGUGUCUUUGACUAUCUGUCAAGUGGCGCUAUAUUCUUUAGCUUUAGUAAGACGAAGAUCCAGAAACGAAAAUAGGAGGUAAGAAGAGGUGCAGUAUUUACAAUAGUUUCGCAUUGCGCUUUGGCGCGGGAGGAGAUGCGGAAUUGGUAAACGUUUUUAGUAUUGCAUUUGGAAUAAAUUAAUUGUUUAAGUUGUAUAUUAAAUAAAGUGGAAAUAUUUAUAAUUUUAGUUACGUAAGCUUAGUUGUAAGUGCGCAUAAUUAAGUUUCGAAAUAACUAUGAGAUGUAACCGAUCAUUAAUAAAU